AUGGCUGACCCUACUACAACUGGCCACGCCGAAAUCAUCCAGGCGAUUUUGACCCAGAAUCCUCACCUUAAGCCAAAUGAGCUUCACGAGGCGCUUCACUCCAGGGCGUCUAUACGAAACAGGGUGCUUUCGGUGCUCAGACUAUUACCUGUGUUGGGGAAAGUGGUGCCUGCUGUGAACCAUAAGAAAGAGCUUAUUGAGAAAUUGAAACACCAGCAGAAAACGGCGGUCACGUAUAACCAGUGGUAUGAGGUUUCUACGGAGUUGGACGAGCUUUUGGGUAAUAACGUGUGGAAGUUGGACCCGCAGCUGACUUCGUAUGACCAUGAUACCGUUUAUAAGAACUUGCAAGAGCUUCGAAAUGCUCGUUUGUCGAAGGACUAUAAUCUUUUGCUUUACUUGAUACGGACGAAAUGGACGCGUAAUGUGGGUAAUAUGGGUGAUGUGAACUUGUAUAGACAUUCCCAUGUCGGUACCAAACGGCUCAUUGAAGAGUUCAUUGAGGAGUGCCAGCUUUCGUUGGAUUACUUGACCAGCGACCCAGAUAUCAAUCUUGACGAUCGGUACCUUCUUGGAAUGCUCAUUCAGACACGUAAGAAUAUCGGAAGAACGGCGCUUUUGCUUUCGGGAGGCUCUACUUUUGGUGUUUCUCAUGUGGGAGUGUUGAUUGCUCUUCUUGAGACGAACUUGAUGCCUCGUAUUAUUUCCGGGUCGUCUUCCGGGUCCAUUUUUGCCAGUGUCUUGUGUUGUAACACCAACGAGGAACUUGCAGUGUUCUUGUCGCAGAUCACCGAACAGAAACUUAAUAUCUUUGGUCUGUCGGAUCCAACAGAGGGCACUUUCAAGAGAUUCUUAGAACGUGUGAGCCAUAUGCUUAAAUUUGGUACUUUCUUUGAUAUCAAGGGCUUGCAAGAAACUAUGCGUGAGUUUGUGGGCGACUUGACUUUCCGUGAAGCUUACAAUAGAACAGGUAAGAUUCUCAAUAUUACCGUCUCGCCCGCAUCCAUGCAUGAGCAAACAAGACUUUUAAACUACUUGUCUGCUCCUAACUGUCUUAUUUGGUCUGCCGUCAGUGCUUCAUGUUCUCUUCCUGGUAUCUUUCCAUCUUCCACAAUUUACGAGAAAAACCCUAGAACUGGUGAAGUUCGUGAAUGGAAUAACGAUGUAUCCCUGAAGUAUGUUGACGGAUCAGUGGAUGGUGAUCUCCCCAUCUUACGCUUAUCUGAGAUGUUUAAUGUUGACCAUAUCAUCGCAGUCCAGAUCAACCCGCAUGUAUCUCCAAUCCUUCGACUCGCCGUUGGAUCCACUUCAGGUAAGAUGGAAAAUGAGUUCAAUGAGUCAAUAAGAAACCUCCUCAAUAACUGCUAUGACUUCAUCACCUGCGAGAUUAUCCACUAUUUGCAAAUUAUCCACGAGAUGGAUGUUUCGAAGAACCUUGCUAUGAAAGCCAUUUCAUUGUUAUCCCAGCAAUACUCCGGAGAUAUUACUAUUUUACCCGAGCUUAACUUUUCAGACUUCCCAAAAGUCUUUGAAAACCCUAACCCCGAGUUUUUGAUAGAUUUCUUAUUAAGAGGUGCCAGAGCCUGCUGGCCAAAAAUCAGCUUAAUUAAUAAUCACUGUGGUGUUGAGUUCUCCUUGGAUAAGGCAAUCACAAAACUUCGUGGCCGUGUCAUCGCUUCAUCUAAUAACAGGAUUACCUAUAAUAGCACGGCCAUGAAUGCCAGCAAUUCAGAUAUGUUGAAGAACGGCGAAAUGAACUCCUAUUUGAUUAGCUAUCCCGUUUUCAACAGACAGCCAAGCAGCGAACACAAGCAACUUCCACAGAUACCACAGAUAAGGAGGCAUAAUACCACUACAAAUGCUUCAAUAUAUUCACCCCGUGAACGCCAACCAAAACAAAAGAAGCGGGAUAAACUCACUUCCAUGUUCACUUCAAAAGGAAAAGGCAUUUUGAAAGGUAAGUCAACAACUUCAUUACUGUCUAUGAAUGGAAACAUUGAACGUGGAGGUGCCAGUGAGCCUUCCCAUAAUGAACUUACCUUGCCCAAUUUACAGGGCUAUGAUUACCAGGUGGAGAACCAGGACGGUAGGACAAUCCGCAAGGCACUCAGCUCUGGAAACUUCCAAGUGAGUGACGACUCUCUUACGCAUAGCCCCGUGAAGCUUCGUACAAGCCCCAAAGAGGACAAGUCAGUACAUUAUUCUGAUUUCGGUGACAUAGCAUCUGUAUAUUCUGCUCCAGGAAAGAAACUCGAGAGAGUGAGGAGCCAGGAGAUCAGAGAAAAGGCUAAUUUACCCCGGUCGUCUGGAACAACCGGGAGUAGUACUUUUUUGGGAUACAAUAGACCGAGAGAAACGUCUUCCUCGUAUAGCCCUCAGGCCAGUCAAGCGUUCAUGCAGCUUGGUUAUGAUAGUGAAGUCAUUGAAUCUAUGAAGACACUUAAUUCACCAGAUUUAAGACGGUCAAUGUCCAAGACGAGAAUGCUGUCGAUGCGCCAGCGCCAUCACACAAGGUCUCUUCUGGGUCCUGCCGGAAACCAGUCAUAUUUUGAUAGGACGCCCGAGAUUGAAACACCAAGUCCGUUCAACAGACCGCCUGUUUUCGACAAGGAGGUCAGUGAUCCAGAUUCAGGUCUUUCAAAGGAUGCGAGCGAACAACCACUGUCUGAACACGAAGUCGAGGCAGAAGUGGUCGAGGUGGUUGACGAUGAAAACGAUGCAGACAACGAGUACAAUGGUAAGGAAACAGGCGAAACGCCAGGAAACGGAGAGGAAGACUCUGAGGGUGAGUUCUUCCCAUGUGAGUAA